ACUUCCCAGAAUCAGAAAAUCCACACAUGAAUCUGAAAGAAAGAAGAUUAAAAAAACCAAAACGCCAAGGCCACAUCUUCCCGCUACUCUCUACAAGAGGAGAAAUAAAGAAAGGCAAGAAUGGCUUUGGAGACUUGUUUUCAACUUAACACAAUGUAUACCACUAGAGCCGGUGUUAUCCAAUGCUGCCAGCCAUUUUCAUCCUUACAAAAGCUUCAUUUUCCACCCAAUAAAGGAUUCAAUAAACCCAAUUUAUUAUUUACUUCACCAUCCUCAUCUCUCACUUUUUCCCUCAGACCCACAGGCAGACACCCCUUAAUUGUUUGCAAAGCUCGCGAAGCUGUGGAUGAAGUUCAAGUGGUGACAGAUUCAAGCUGGGAAAACAGUGUGAUAGCAAGUGAAAAUCCAGUGCUGGUGGAGUUUUGGGCGCCCUGGUGUGGACCAUGCAGAAUGAUAGCGCCAGUGAUUGAUGAAUUAGCCAAAGAAUAUGCAGGGAAGAUCUCUUGUUUCAAGCUCAACACCGAUGACUGCCCAAACAUUGCCACUCAAUAUGGCAUCAGAAGCAUUCCUACAGUGCUCUUCUUCAAAAAUGGAGAGAAGAAGGAGAGUGUUAUUGGAGCUGUGCCCAAGUCUACUUUGUCUGCAACUGUAGAAAAAUAUCUACAGAAUUGAAAAAUAUAUAUCAAAAUCUUUUUUAAGUUUGUAUCAAUGACAUUAAUGCUAGUUAUCAAUCAUUCCCAA